UAACAGUUAUUCAGUAGAAACAUCAACAACUACGAAAGGUGAUUUUUGUGUCUGUAAUUUUAGGAAAUCAGCUUUAAAGUAUACUGCAAGUUCUGAUGUCACAUGGAGACAAGAUGAGGAUGUCACAUUGUAGGACACCGUCAGAUCCUGGGCCACCAAAACAUUUACCAGGAAUGGAAGCACCUGUUGCAGCCUACAAUGACACGGAGAAACAGUAUUUGAUCUGGUUGCAUUCUGUCAGUGUCAGGUUUCUUGGACUAACGGAUUCACAGAGGAUACACACACUAGAUACACUUAUAAGUCUUUGUGGAUCAAAGGAGUUGAUCUAUUUGACUGGUAUACUGCCAAACUUGGUAUACCGUGAUUUUCUACGUAUGUUACCAACUGAAGUGAGUGUGAGAAUUUUGAUGAUGCUAGAUGAGAAAAGCCUGCUCAAUUGUUGUCUUGUUUCCAAGUACUGGAAUCAUCUGAUCAACAGUUUUAGAGAAGUAUGGAUCCACAUGGCUAAACGGGUUGGAGCUCGAAUCUUCGCUGAACCAUAUGUACCAAUACACAAGUACAAAAGUCUCUUCAUACACUCUACAUAUCUUGUACAACAGAUGAAAAAUAGGUCAGCUUUUGAGGUGAUGACCUUGGAAGGUCAUAGAGGUCGAGUCAUGGCAAUUACUUAUGGCAGGGAUAUGGUUGCGACAGGCUCUGAUGAUCACACUGUGAGAUUUUGGGACAUCUACUCAGGGGAUUGUGUGAAGGUCAUCCACACACAUAGUGUUUCGGCACUUCAGUUUGACGACAUAUUUGUAUACACAGCAUCUUAUGAUAACACAGCUGUAUGCUGGGAUAUCGACACUGGUCAGCUUAUGUGGCGGUAUGUCGGGCAUAUUUCUGCAGUGUUUAGUCUAGAUGCACGCAGGGACGUAAAUUUGUUAGUUACUGGUUCAGCAGAUAAGACUGUAAAAAUCUGGCAGUUAGAUUCGGGUGUUUUGUUGAAUUCUUUAUCAGACUGGCACAAUGACUGGAUAACACAUGUAAAGAUUCUCUCCUGCUCUCCACGGCAACAUGAUCAUGAUAUUGAUAUGUUACAAGGCCGUACGCUUCAGCUGGUGUCUGUCGACAGGCAGGGCUGCUGUUUUUGGACAGUAUCUAAUAACGAGAAUGUAGAUGUGAGUGUAACUCAUACUGCAGACUGGUGUAUGAACGUUCCUACAGACAGGCAGAACUGUGGUAUUAGUGUUUGCAUAUGGAAUAAAAAAGACAGAUGCCAGUCUAUAUCUACAUAUAAAACAGAAACUAUAGACGAUAAAUGUGUUCCGCGACACAUGUCUUCUGUGAGCUUGCCGACAGACUUGCCUUCUAAACAGACUGUGUUAGGGAUUGGACAGAAAUUUGCUGUAUUUAUGGUAGACGAGGGUUACAGUCGAGCAGUUAUUGUUGAUACUCAUUCAUGUAGAAUAAUGUGCUCUAUCCCUGUACCACCAUAUAGGCCCACCCAGAAUGGUUCAUCAGCAACUCUUGGCAGUCAUGACUGGUUAGACGGAUUUACAGAAGGUAACAGGAAUGGACUGUUCUUGGCACUUUGUCUCAAAGAUAACAAUAUACUGCUUCUUAAGUGGAAAGACAACAUGAGAUGAUAGUGGGCACCAUUCAGGAUGUUACAGUUGAGAGUUACAUGAUGGAAAAAAAGGAACAAUCAGAUACAGGGAUGAUAUAUUAUUGAUGGACUGUGCCUGACAUUGUAUCUCAAGAAAAUAAUACCGUAACUGUGCUUCCGAAAUGGAAUGACAACAUUUGGUGAUAUUACAAAAUUUUAAUGUCACAAGUUAUUCUUUAUGUAAAAUUGCUACAGUGAAAUGGAAUGGUACUGACCUUUUUACCCACUUAAAAGAAAGAUGAGAUAUAUUGUUUUGCUCAUUGUCUGUCUGUCUGUCUAUUUGUCAAUCUGUGGAUCAUUUGUUUUCAAAUCAAAUAAACAGAGACUGUAUGAUUUCAUGUUGGUCAAAAUUCCCUAUCAUCAUUAUCAUCAUUAAAUGAUCCCUUUUGUUUUUGCGUCAGCAGAUCAAAGGUCAAGGCCACAGUGACCUUGACAGACAAAAAAAGGUAUCUGCUGUUAUGGUCACAGUGAUGUGGAGGCCUAAAAUGGUUUCUGCUCAAUAUCUUAAGAGUGCUUUGGUCUGCUGUGGUUAAACUUCAUUGGAUUAUUGCCUGUGGUCAGUAGAUGACCCCCUAUUGUUUUGGGUCUAGAAGUCACAGUGAUAUUAGGACAAAUUAUAACAUUUUGGCCUGCAAUGGGGAUAAUAAGAACAGAGUUACCUCUGGUUAUCUCCACAGAGGGCGCUGGUGAAAUCAAAGGUAAACAUUAUCUAGCCUAAUCUUAGAUUUACUAUAGAAUGUAGUAGAGAUUCUGUGUAAUAAACACAAAUUGAUUUGUAAUUUCCUAGGUAUUUGACUCUAAAUACUAAUUAAUUUGCAAUUUCCUAGGUAUUUGACCCAGAACAAAAUAAAAUCUUAGAAAAUAGUCAAAUAAAUACUUCAGUACAUUUGUUUAAAGGAUUUUUGAGUAGUUCAUAGAUGAACUGUUGGUAAACUUGCAUAACUAUUAUUGUUUUGCGCAGAAACAAGGAAUAUGAACUAUUGAUGCUGGGCUGUAAUAUAUUUCUUUCAACUACAUACAAUUAUUUAUCAAAUGCAUCAUAGACUGAACAUUAUAUUGUACUGCAUAUGUCUACAUAAAUCAUCAUCAAUGUUAUUUCACAGAUGUUCAGCUAUAUAUUUCCGCAGAUACUUUUUGUAGAACAGUUCUAGCUUUGGUGAAAGGCUGUAUUUACAGUACUCAUGAUCUAGUUCAACUUUUUGUACAAACAUAUCCUUGAAUUUAUACACAAUGAAAAAGCAAUAUUGCCUUUUACUUAUCUGUCCCUGUGUCUGAUAAUAGUAUCAUUUCCUCUUUCCCAGCGUAUGGACAUUUCACCUCAACUAUUGUUUGUUCAUUGAUAACUUUGUCGGGUGUUGCAGCCAGAUAUGGACUUUCUCUACAUAUGAAUAAACUGCAGUUGUUGACACUAUGUCCCGUUUGCUUUUCAAAUUUUGUAAUUGCUGUUUCUGGAACUUUCUUCAUAUUGCUUCCCAUGAAUGAUUGCCUUAUUUGUUAAGUUUAAUGUUCCACGUUUCUGUAUUGUCUUGGUCUUGGGUCAAAUAGCUUGCACUGUUUUUUUUUUCUUGAUGGAAUGUCUUGUGCCUUUAGUGGUGUGCCAACAUAUGACUGUUUUGGUUUGUGAAAUGUUUGCAAUAUAUCUGCGCAACUUUGCUGGACAUGUGCGUCACUUCCCGAGACAAAUGCAUUUAUCAUCAACAAUACUGACGAGACAUGCUUGCAGGUUCCGUGCGGUCCUUUUCCUGCUGGACAUUCACAGUGGCUGUUCUUGAUUUCUCUAUUAUCUUUGUGCAGUUUAAGGUUGAAAUUAUAUGUUAUGUUCUUCUUCAUGGCUGCCCCCACUACACCAGUAAAGUAUAUAUUUGGACUGUGUACUUUAGCACUGCAUGCACAGAUUUUCUUGCUUGCAAACAUUAGUUUUCCUUUUUCAAGUGCCUUCAAGUCUCAUUAUCCACAGCCUCUCUUUACUUGAAAUAUCCUUCAAUUUGCUCAUUUGUCAAUUUAGGGAACUGGGUCCUAUGGUCUGCUUGCAGUUGAUGAAACCCUUCAGUGGGCCAGUCUGGAUCCAGAGGUUCUGGUAGAAGAAUAGGUUCACCGCUGAAGUCUUGAUUUCUGUCAUAUGCUUCAAGUCUGAAAGUAAGAAAAAGAUAGACACCAUAAAUUCCUCAAACAAGAUAUAGUGCUAGCAUAAGUCAUUAACCUGUAAAAUGUAAUCCAAAGGGCUACUCUCCAGUAUUAUUGUUUUGUAUAAGCAACACUAAAUCUACAAAUAAUGAGAUGCAAUAAAGAUAGCACCAAUAAAACUUGCAGUAUACACCAUGGCCAACAUGUAAGAUUACCUCUAUGUACUGGUUUCUCAAGGUUUAAAUGGAUUAAUACUAUUUUUCUGAGAAUUAUUUAAUUAUAACAACAUAAAAACAUACCUUGUUAACAAA